GAUGAGCAAUUUCUAGGUUUUGGCUCUGAUGAUGAGGCCAAAGGAGCCCAUUCCCCCAAGUCCCUUGCAGUCUCAGUCAAAGCUAGUGCACGUAAACCUCGUGGGAGACCUCGGAACGGUUCAGACCGAAGUCCAGCUGCUCCACCAGAGUCCUUGCCAAUAUAUUCGCCUUCAAGCAACCCGGAACCUACGUCCAUGGAAAACAUAAAAAGGAAAGAAUUUAAAAGUGGAGAAAAACGGCGAGGGAGGCCUCCUGCUCUAACCAGUGUGAAAUUCAAGAUCAGCCAUAAAGAGUGCGUUCCAGAUGCUCAGAAAGGAGGGAAGGAGGAAAAAGAGAAUGUAAAGAAAACAAAGCGGGCACCAUCGGCUACCUUUCAGCAUGCUGCAAAAAUUAAGAAAUUAAGAACAGGCAAACUCUGUCCGCUGAAGUCCCAGUUCAAAUCCGGGAAGCUCCAGAUUGGGAGGAAAGGGAUUCAGAUUGUCCGCAGAAGAGGGAGGCCACCGUCUUCCGAUCGCUUGAAGGCCAUGCCGGCUCUCGUAUGUUCCCAGUUGGAGAAAGUCCAGAGGGCACGGAAGGAAAGAGAGGGGGGAGUCCCCUUCCUCCCCAAAGACGAAAAGCCAACGGUGGUGAGGCAGAGCCCUCGCAGGCCAGUAAGGAUGAUUCCUUCUUGCAAGAGGACAGAUGCCACCAUCGCCAAGCAGCUCUUGCAGAAGGCAAAAAAAGGAGCUCAGAAGAAAAUGGAGAAAGAAGCAGCGAAGCUCCAGGGCCGGAAGGGGAGGACUCAGCUCAAAAACAUCCGGCAGUUCAUCAUGCCUGUGGUGAGCGCCAUCUCUUCGCGAAUAAUUAAGACUCCCAAGCGUUUCAUUGAAGAUGAAGACUACGACCCGCCAAUUAAAAUUGCACGCUUGGAGUCUACCCCAAACAGCCGCUUCAGUGCUACCUCUUGCGAAUCGAGCGAGAAGUCCAGUGUCGCGUCUCAGCACUCCUCCCAGCUAUCCUCUGACUCCUCGCGGUCCAGCAGUCCCAGUGUUGAUACCUCCACAGAUUCACAGGCUUCCGAAGAGAUGCAAGCUCUCUCGGAAGAAUGCAACAAUGCCCCAGAAGUCCCCCCGUCCCUGCCAGAGUCCACCUCCCUUGACAACGAGGGGGCUGAGCAGAGGAGGAGGAGGAGGUUUUCAAUGGCAGAGAAGAAUUUUGCCCCCAAAGCAGCUAAGAAGCUGCCCGGCCUCCAAAGUGUCUCUCAGCAGCAGCCGUCCUCCUCUUCUUCUUCUUCGCCUCCUCCCCCACUGCUCACCCCACCUCCCCCACUGCAGCCAGCAGCCGGCAUCUCCGACCAUGCGCCGUGGCUCAUGCCUCCCACCAUUCCCUUGGCAUCGCCCUUCUUGCCGUCUUCUGCGGCUGCUCCUGCGCAAGAGAAGCGGAAGUCAAUCCUCCGAGAACCGACCUUCCGUUGGACUUCCCUGAAGCCCUCCCGCUCCGAACCCCAGUACUUCUCCUCCGCCAAGUACGCCAAAGAAGGUCUUAUCCGCAAGCCGAUUUUUGAUAAUUUCCGGCCGCCGCCCCUGACCCCAGAGGACGUGGGCUUUGCUGCUGCCGCUGCUGCUGCUGCCGCCGCCGGCUUCACCCCUCCUGGGGCCACGGCUCCGGCCCGCUUGUUUUCUCCUCUUCUCUCUGGAACAAGGUUUGAUCUGCACAAGAGGAGCCCCCUGUUGCGAGCGCCAAGGUUCACCCCCAGUGAGGCGCACUCGCGCAUCUUUGAGUCUGUGACGUUGCCUUCUUCAAUUAGUCGAAGCACUACGGGAAGCACUACAGCAGCAGCAGCAGCAGCUUCUUCAAGGAAACGAAAGAGGCGCGUCUUCAGUCCGAUUCGGUCUGAGUCGAGGUCUCCUUCGCACUCUAUGAGGACAAGAAGCGGGAGACUCAGCGCCUCCGAGCUGUCCACACUCCCUCCGUCCUCCUCCGCCUCUUCUUCCCUAACGAGCAUUUCUGUCGGCUCCCUUGCCAGCAGUGCCUUAAACGCCACCGCCUUCACUUUCCCUUCGCAAUCCCUGUCCCAGACCGGGGAAGCAACAGAGAAAAGCCAGAGACCGAGGAAGCAGACAAGCCUCCCUGCCGAGCCAUUCCCAUCAGGCGGCACUGCUCCCCUUUUCCCUUGGUUUGCACCGGAGCCCCAGGCGGAGAGGACCAGAGGCAAGGACAAAGCUGCCGAGGAGCUGCCCAAAGACAGAGAAAGGGACAACAGCCCCGAGAAGGAGAAGAGCCGAGAAAGAGACCGAGACAGGGAGAAGGAAAACAAGCGCGAAUCGAGGAAAGAGAAGAAGAAGAAGGCGGCGGCUUCAGAAAUCCAGGGCGGCUCUGCUCUAUUCCCAUCCACUCGCGGUUCUAAAGGGAAGGUCAUCGUCAGUGAAGAUGUGGCAACCUCGUCCUUUGCCAAAAAACCCGCGGGACGGAGGAAACUGGCCGGCCCUGAUCCAGCGGCAGAUGCCCCUGCAGUGGUCCUGGUGGACUCAGCUAGCAUAAAGACCAAGUUGCCCAAGAGAAGCCGGGCGGGGGGCUUGGAGAAAUCCACUCUGGACCUUGGCCUGGUGGCCUCUUCUGCAGAAAAGGAGGAGUCUCUGCGUCUUCCUGCCGCCUCACUUGGCAUCGUGAAACAUUCCUCCAUCAGCUCAGUCCUGGCUCAUGCCGAUAAACUUCCAAUGGCGGACAAGAGGGUCGCCAGCCUCCUGAAGAAAGCCAAAGCUCAGCUCUAUAAGAUUGAGAAGAGCAAGUCCCUGAAGCAGGCGGAUCAGCCCAAAGGACAGGGUCAAGAGAGCGACUCCUCAGAAACCUCUGUGCGAGGUCCACGCAUCAAGCAUGUCUGCAGGAGAGCAGCCGUAGCCCUGGGCCGCAAGCGAGCCGUCUUCCCAGAUGACAUGCCCACUCUGAGUGCCUUACCGUGGGAAGAACGGGAGAAGAUACUGUCUUCCAUGGGGAACGAUGACAAAUCCUCUGUUGCUGGGUCAGAAGAGGCUGAGCCCCUUGCACCGCCUGUCAAGCCCAUCAAGCCCGUAACCAGAAGCAAGGCCCCCCAGGAGCCCCCCGUGAAGAAAGGCCGGCGGUCGAGGCGCUGUGGGCAGUGUCCAGGCUGCCAAGUCCCAGAAGAUUGUGGCGUCUGCACAAACUGCCUGGAUAAGCCCAAGUUUGGUGGGCGGAACAUAAAAAAGCAGUGUUGCAAGAUGAGGAAGUGUCAGAACCUGCAGUGGAUGCCAUCGAAAGCUUAUCUCCAGAAGCAAGCCAAAGCCGUGAAAAAAAAGGAGAGGAAAUCCAAGUCCGGUGAAAAGAAAGACGGCCAGCUGGGGAAGGUUCAGGGGGAGCCAAAAGCAGCAGCAGCAGCAGCAGCAGCGGCUCCUCCUCCUCCUCCUCCUCCUCCUCCGGCUUUGGGGAAAGAGGAUCCGGCCUCCAAGAAAAGCAGCGAACAAGCCCGGAAGGCCAGUGAAGGGAAGAUGGAGGAAGGGCAGCUGCCGCCACCACCUGCCCCAGACCCCAAGCAGCCUCUUCCUUCUGCCACCCGGAAAGCUGGCAAGCAAGCCCCUCCUGCCUUGCCUCCUGCCCAGCCGCCCAGCUCAGGCCCACCCAAGAAGGAAGCCCCCAAAACCCUCCUGGCUGAGCCCAAGAAAAAAACAGCACCAUCUCUGGAAACAGCCGUUGAGCAAAGCAGACAGAAGAAAAUCAUUCCGCGUCCCAGCUUACCGGUGAAACAGAAACCAAAAGAGAAGGAGAAGCCCCUCCCAGUCAGCAAGCCAGAGAGCAGCGCCCUCAACACCCUGAGCCCUUCGUCCAACAACACCCCUUCCAAGCAGAAGCCCCUGACCGACGGGGUCCACAGGAUCCGAGUGGACUUCAAGGAGGACUGUGUGGCUGAAAGCGUUUGGGAAAUGGGGGGUCUGGGCAUCCUGACCUCCAUUCCCAUAACUCCCAGAGUGGUCUGCUUCCUGUGUGCCAGCAGCGGAAACGUGGAGUUUGUCUAUUGCCAGGUCUGCUGUGAGCCUUUCCACAAAUUCUGUUUAGAGGUUAACGAACGGCCCCAGGAAGACCAGUUGGAAAACUGGUGCUGUCG